AUGUUUAGUACUUACUUAUCGUAUUAUUACGCAUAUCUUAAAAAACCUAGGAGUGAUUUUUGGAACGUUUUCUAUUAUCUAAGCGAAACAUACGAAAUAACUGAAAAUAUUCAUCAAGACUUCGUUCGAAAAUUAACACUGGAUGUACGAACGUUAUCCAUUAAGGAAUUUCUUCAACUCAAUCAAGAUAUUAUUGAACAUUUGAAAAAUGUCAAAUCCGAAAAUUAUACUCGUUUUAUGACAAUUAUUGAAACAUUAUUCGAGGAAUUCACAAAAAACCUACUGAAACGUGAACAACCUUAUAAUCAAUUGUUAGACAUUGAUUUGAAAGAAUUGUUAAAGAACAGUCUUGAAUUAUCAUUAGCACGUACUCUCCAGAAACCUUCUUCUUUGCUCAUCAUUCGACGGUUGUUAUUUCAAAAUAACAGUCGUACGCUGAAUGUUGUUGAUCGAAUCUACACUCUGUUUUAUAAUUUAAAAGAUUUUGAUCAAGAUUUAUGUCGAGUAAAUGAACCGGCUGAUAUCAUUCACGAUGAAUGGCUACAAGAUUUUCUCUUUGAUAUUCCUGAAAAUUUUUGCACACAGUUGAAUCAUCAUGACUAUCGAAAUUUAUGUAACACUUAUGAAGACAAUCGUUGGACGAAUUUUAUUUGGUCUCGAAUUAUGUAUCUGAGCAUUUUAAAAUCAAAAUCUGGAAAAUCGAAUAAUAUGCUUUUGAAACUAAAUCAAUGGAUGAUUGACGUUAAACAUGACACUUUCAACAUAAAAGAUACACUAACAAAUAUCAUUAUUGUUAAUCUUUUUGAAAUUAUUAUCAAAGAUGUAGAAUCUGUGUUAGCACUUCCGAAUAUUCCAUCCAUCAUUGACUUCAUUUUUCGUAUAAAAAACGAAGAAAUACAUGGAAUAAAUCUUAAAGAAAUUAAUAAUUUCAUUCAACGUGGACAAAGUUUCGUCCAAGAUAUCUUAUUACUUAAAGGUCAGUUGAAUAUGAAUAUAUAG